CAGCUCUCGUCGCAAUGCAAAGUGGGUCCAGUAUGGUGGGCGCGUGAUUUUGAAGAACGAGAUUCGCUUUUGGAUUAAUUUUCUCUAACAAUUUGCAAUCUGCGGGACAUAUUACCAUCUCCAGAAUCUUCAUUGCAGUCCCAAUCAUGUCAGAGCAAAUAUCAUCAAGUGAUUUGGAUUCCCUCGUCACCUUUCAAACGGAACUUGCAAAAUUAGAACCUGACGAUGACGAAGUUUAUGAAGAGACGGAGGAAGAAAUGAUGGUUGGAGAAACACAGGUGUUGGAGGAGGAUGUAAAUGAUGCCUUACUUCAAGGAGUUGUCAUAAAUGAUGGCGAAAAUGAAAUGAUCACAAGCGAGGUUGCUGAGAGCCUGGAGCAAGGAACUUAUCUAUUCCUCCAGCAGCCUAGUGACUCAGGAAGUGGGCAAUUUUUUACUCAAGCCAGAACCUCUGACGGAAAUUUAAUUCAGCUUCGUCAAAUUCCCUCCACGUCUACAAAACUUCCAACCAUUAGACCUGCACCCGCCUCUCCAAAAAAACAGAACGUAACCAAGCUUGUUAUAAGUGGCGGCAACACAAAAUCACCCAUCAUGAUACCCAGUUCUCCAGGAACACCGCAGCAAAUCAAGCUGAUUGGAACUACAUCUUCUCCUGGUCCCAGCGUCCAGAGAAUUUCUCUCUCACAAGCCCAGCAAAUGGGUUUGCUUGGAUCAAGCAAGCAACUAAUUUCACCAUCAAAUCUGCAAAAUCUGAAUCUGAACAAGCUGGCCAAGACUACGUCGUCAUCAUCCCCAAGAAUCACUAUGAUAACCCAAGGCCAGAAGACUCCUACGAAAAUUCUACCAGCACCAUCUCUCAAGCCAAUUAUUUCGGCCCAACCGACCAUUAGGCAACUGUCAGGCACAACUCAAAAAGUCAUCAUUAGACAAGCUGGAGGCUCGAGGACGCUGAACUCGUCGCCUGGUUCGGGUGGCAUUGGUGGACAAAUUAUUAGAAUUCCUGCAACUCAGAAUAUCAUAAGUUCGUCAGGAGACGGAAUUCAGUUGCCAGGAAAUAGACAAUUUGUUCGCAUUGUCGCCUCACCCAACACACCGGCCACGACAAAAACGCCUGCAAGUCCAAUGAAGCAACAAGUUAUUUCUCCAGCGCCCUUGAAAGUUGUGCCAAUUGCUCCUGCUCAAACUAUUCAACUUGCAACAAAGCCGCAAAAGAUUAUGAUUCCUGCUACAACCUCGGGGAGAGUCAGUCAGGUUUCUACUGCGGCAGUUACACAGCUUGGAGGCACACUGGUGCCCACUGCCGGCGGAAACUUCAUGGUAUUGCCGACACAAAUUUACGAGCAGCUGCAAGGUGCAACCCCAAUCGCAACAGAGCUGAAACUGAAGCAGCCAGAGCAAAGGCUGAGCCCUAAGUCCCUUCUUGACGCCCGAACCGAAAGUCACGCUAAACUUGCCCUAGAGGCCAACCUAAAACGAAAACCCUGCAAUUGUACAAAAUCUCAGUGCUUGAAACUGUACUGUGACUGCUUUGCAAAUGGAGAAUUCUGCUUCAAUUGCAACUGCAACACUUGCUUCAAUAAUCUGGAGCAUGAGGAAGAUCGACAAAGGGCCAUCAGAGCCUGCCUGGAGAGAAAUCCAACAGCAUUCAAACCCAAAAUUGGAAAAGCACAAGUUGGAGACGAAAGGAGGCACAACAAGGGAUGCAACUGCAAGCGGUCGGGGUGCUUGAAGAACUAUUGUGAAUGUUUUGAGGCUAAGAUCCCCUGCACACACAUGUGCAAAUGUGUUGGAUGUCGCAAUCUGGAGGACAGCGAGGAACGCAAAAUGGAUCGCGAAAAUGUGGUGCUCGCUGCUGGCUUGAGGGCAAGACAGCAGCACUUGUAUGCAGCCAGCAGAGCCAGACUUACCAUGACAAAGAGGGGAAAGCCAGUGUUGGCCAGCCAGGGUCUCACAAGGCAACCAUUUGGCUUCAUGAAUCAACGGCUGGUGGAUGCCACAUGCCAUUGUCUGCUGGCCCAGGCCCAAGAAGGAGAAUCCAUGGAAAUGGACGAGGUCCAAAUUGAGCAGAAAAUAUUGCAAGAGUUUGGUGAGUGCCUCAAACAGUUCAUCGAGUGCUCGGCCAGUGUUGAUCAUAACUUGUAAUUGCAUUCGAACUGCCUUUAAAUUCAUGUUGAAGUUAUUAACAGUAAAAUUAGAUCCUGUGUCAUAAUUGUAUUAAAAUUUGUAAAAUAUUUUUCAACAUCACGUGGAGACUUUGUAAAUCAUCAUGUAAAAUUAUGUUGCAGUGGAUUUUUUUGACUGCAUAAAAAAUUUAAGUUAAUCAAAUCAUGAAUGUGUUACUCUUAAAAAAGGUUCAUUUGCAGUCUUGAAUUCCUUUAAUUUAAAAUUUUGCGUAACAGAAUUUUAUUGUGUCUAUAGUUUUUAUAGUUUGCGACAAAUAUAACAGAGUUUAAAUAAAAUUCAUACCAAAAGGAUGAUGGUCUUGA